AAACACCAUUAGGCUUCCCAAGUCCCCAACAGAUUACAACCCUUCGCGUAUUCUCGACGCAACAUUUCCAAGGUGUCUAGGUCCCUUUGCUUGUCUAAAGUUCCCAUCCAAGUCUUUGCUUUUCAUUAUAAGUGAAUCAGUCAGUUGAGACAGGUCGUCGGAGAUGGAAGACCAACUUGGGGACGAGUACUCUGCCACCUCACGCAGUUCCUGCCACUCAUCUCCCGUCGGCAGAUCCCAACGUCCCGGAAGUGCAAGUCUUGGCCUAUUCCUGGGAUGGUUUGGACUCGUGGGUGACCCACAAGCAGAAGCCGCUCAGAACGGUGCCUCGGUCGAAGUGUUGCAGCGCGAGGUCCGCGAGCUACGGAGCCGGGUCCGCAACGCACGCAACGAAGCCAAAGAAGCAUGGAACAAAGUCGGCGCUGAACAGGAUGUAAACCGGAAGCUCCGUCAAACCAUCGAGGAAUUAGAGUCCGAGCGCGACAGCUUGGGCCGCAGCGUGAAGGAGUUGGAGGCGCAGAUCCGACAAGUCCAGGCGCUCGCUUUUGAAGGAAUUGGAGACGACUCCUGGGCUGCGGGGGACGAUAGCACGGCCCGUGUCGAUCUAGAGAACCUGCAUGGCCGCCUUAAGGCCUGGGCGAAGAAAUAUGCAAUCGAUGAAAUGAGCGAGGUUCAGGGACUGGCCCCCGACCAGUUCCAAUCCUUUAUUCAGCUCCUAGCCCAGGUCGUCCGAAACCGUUUCGACGCGCCGAAUGUCAUCGAGAAUUUCCAAUCUGGACCCAUGAAUCGAAAGUCACCUGCCAUAUGCAUUCAGGGGUUGCUGUCCCAUCAUGUGUAUGUCAAUAUUGUUGGCCAACCAUUCUUCGUUCUGGGCGAAACCGGCAAGGCGUUACAGAAUGUAUACCGAGCAAUCUACCGAGUCAACGGAAAUGAGUCGCAUGCAUGGCGGUCUAGGACGCUUCGGCUCCUCGCUACACCUCCAGCCGACAUGCAACAAGGGGACAAGCCGCACGACUAUAGUGCAUUCCAGAAAGCAAUUUGCCACCAAGUCGCCGAAGAGUUCUUCAGUGGACCGGCCAAGCACCUGAUCCAAUCAUCACACCGCGAGAGCAAAGACUCGGACGGGCAGUGUUUCAAGGACUUGGACUCGAUCGUUCAGUAUGCAGGGGACCUGUCCUACAGGUUGUGGACUCGUCGGACAGUGGUUCGUGUGGUGUCCUUGCCCGACCUUUGCAAUAUGCCCUUCAGAGGAAAUUCCGACCUAAUGAAGGCGCACCCCCUCCACCGACUGUAUGAGGACGAAGACCGAUGUGACGGCUGGCUGAUUGGAGUCGUGGCGCACCCGGCUGUUCUCGCGGACGGGACCAGCGAUGGGAAGGAUUACAAUACUGCUCGCGUGUGGAUGAAGGUAGAGGUUUUGUUAGCUGAAGAAUGAAGAUGCUGGGGUCAUGUCUGGGAUAAAGUAGGCCACUCCGAGUCACCAAGCGAGGUACCGUAUGGCCUUGCAUGUUCCGCGCUCUUGGGAGGCUGAGGGUGCGAUGCCAAAUCCGUUCUGAAGGUAGCGAAGUUACUACGGCAAACACUUC